UGCAGAUAAUACCGCAGCCCCAGCCUGAUUUGCCGGGCAGUCUGACAGCCAGGCCGCUUGCCCGACGUGUGGGACCGCGGCCCGUAAACAGCAGCCUGGCCUGGCGCACGCCUCAGGAGUCAGCGCGCUGCGAGGCUCACCAUGAAGCGGGCUCUGGCUCUGAUCGGCCUGGCCUUCCUGUCGGUGCUCUGGGCUGGGGGCGCUCAGCAGACGGUGGACGACACCUGCUCCGUGCAGAUUCUCGUCCCCGGCCUCAAAGGGGAUGCUGGAGAGAAGGGGGACAAAGGCGCACCAGGACGGCCUGGAAGAGUCGGCCCCACGGGAGAGAAAGGAGACGUGGGUGACAAAGGACAGAAAGGCGGUGUAGGGCGCCAUGGAAAAAUUGGUCCCAUCGGUUCUAAAGGUGAAAAAGGAGAUUCUGGUGACAUAGGACCCCCUGGCCCUAAUGGAGAACCAGGCGUCCCGUGUGAGUGCGGCCAGCUGAGGAAGGCGGUCGGGGAGACAGACAACCAGGUGGCGCAGAUCACAGCGGAGCUGAAGUUCAUCAAACACGCCGUCGCGGGCGUGCGCGAGACGGAGCGGAAGAUCUACCUGCUGGUGAAGGAGGAGAAGCGCUACGUGGACGCGCAGCUGGCCUGCCAGGGCCGGGGUGGCACGCUGGGCAUGCCCAAGGACGAGGCCGCCAACGGGCUGCUGGCCGCCUACAUCGCGCAGGCCGGCCUGGCCCGCGUCUUCAUCGGCAUCAACGACCUGGAGCGGGAGGGCACCUUCGUCUACGCGGACCGCUCGCCCAUGCAGACCUUCAGCCAGUGGCGCAGCGGGGAGCCCAACAACGCCUACGACGAGGAGGACUGCGUGGAGCUGGUGGCCUCCGGGGGCUGGAACGACGUGGCCUGCCACCUCACCAUGCACUUCCUCUGCGAGUUCGACAAGGAGCACGUGUAGCGGGGGCCCUGCCGCCCCAGCGUCGGCGGGUGGCUGCCGGCUGCCGCCGCGGGUGGGAGGCCCUGCCGGCCACGUGGUCCCCAGGCAGGAGUGCGGGGUCCCCGGUAAAGGCUCCUUUUCUGAAUCUUAGAGAAUGGUGCAUGCUUAGGCGAAAAAGAAAAAAAAAAAAAAGUGUUUCUGGGUAUUAUUUCUGAAGAACUAAAGUUUUAUUAUUUGUAGUGUAGACAAAAUGUUCGUUAGGUGGUUAUUACUCAGAAUUGCUCUUGGCUCUGUGCAAAGUAUGAAACGAGACCUUUAAAUGUUAUAACGGUUAAGUACAAACAAUGGUAGUGAGGUCUUAAGUGACUACCUUCCUUUUAAUUUCUAUAUGGAAAAGAAUCCUCUUAGCUUAGAUCAAUGCUUCUGUAAAAGUAGAAACUAUUUUGCUUUGCUGCAAACCCAGAUUUCAGGAAAAAGAAAGGUAAAUGCUCCGAAUUUGACAACUGAAUGUGUGGUGUCAUCCUGUUCUCUCAAUGUCUUCUCCAGCGGUAUUCGUUAUCUCUUCCUGGAUCACGGUCACCCCCAAACAGCGACUCACGACAAAGCAUCAGUGUCCCCGCAGGUCCUGUGGGGUGGGACUGCACCCAGAGCUCGGGGGGGUUCUGUCUCACCAGCCACACUCGACCGUGAGGUUGCUGGUGGGAUUC